AUGAACCACGGGGAUCAUAGUGGACACACAAUGCCGCCCAGAUGCUCCAUGAAUAUGCUCUGGAACACUCAGAUAGAGAACACAUGCAUCGUCUUUAGGAGCUGGCACAUCCGGACGACGACCGCCUUCGUUUUCUCGUUCUUUAUCAUUGUCGCGCUGGGCGCCUUCUACGAAUGGCUCCGCAUGUUCCAGACGACGGUCGACAAGCGCAUCGCGCUCUCGAUGACCGCGAAGGGCAAGGGUCGGGGAGGAUUGGUGAGUGGAGAGCUCCCUGAGAACGACGGGGAUGCCGCUGAGGAAGACGGAUUACUGACUGGUCGGCGGGUUUCAAAGGCGGAGUGCGUGACACCCAUCCCUCCUGCGGCUCGUGCUCUCAGAUCUUUCCUGUACGGCGCAACCGUCUUCCUGUCGUUCUUCCUUAUGCUAGUCUUCAUGACGUACAACGCUUAUCUCAUCCUCGCUGUCGUGGUGGGAGCUGCUCUCGGCCACUACGUCUUCAAUCCUGCCAUGGACCCAGAGGCCGUCCUCUCCGGAGGUGCUUCCGGCAAAGGCAUGGCGUGCCAUUGA